AUGCGUUAUUACGUGGGGGAUCAUUCAACUAUAAGGAGCUUGGAGUUUAGGCCUAAUAAAGCAAAAGGAAUUACAUAUGUUUUCAAAAACUUGUCGUCUUUGAAGGAGCUUACAGUCAAUGAACUCAAUGGAGUACCGUAUUCCUCCUUCAAUUUGAAAAAGUUAAAGCUUGAAGAUUUACAACAAUUACAGAAUUUAAACCUGUCCAGAAACGAUGCAUACCUACAUUGUGAUAUACAGAGCGCAGAUUACUUCAAAACAAUGCCAAAUAUUCGACAGUUACACAUGUAUCGUAACAGGCUGUGUCUUACCAAUGCCCCAACACUCCUCGUUAUGUUUCAAUCCCUUCACAAUGUAACAUAUUUAGAUUUAAGUAGUAACUGUUUCUCAGAACUUCCAGUGGGAAUGUUUGACUCUAUGGUGCGUCUUAGAACUCUACAUCUGUCAAGAAACAAACUGCAGACUAUUCCCAAGGGACUAUUCAGAAACUUGAAUCAACUCCACACCUUGACACUCUUCGCUAAUUUCAUAUCCAACAUCCAAGAAGUCGCCUUCGAUGGCUUAGUAUCAUUACGUGUACUUCGUAUGGGUGGCAAUAAGUUAAUCUGUGACUGCAAUAUACGGUGGUUUCAGCAAUAUUUUGAAAGAUUUAACAAGGAGGACUUAGAAGAGAUUUGCUUUGGUGGUGCUACAAAACACAAAAUUAAAAUAACUGAAUUCAAACCUGACUGGUGGGAGUGUGAUAACAAGAAGGACUCAGAAGAGUUUUGCUUUGGUGGUGCUUCAAAACACAAAAUUAAAAUAACUGAAUUUAAACCUGACUGGUGGCAGUGUGAUAACAACACGACGAAAGUGGCGGUCAGUAUCCUUGGGGUGGUACUAUUCAUGUGUUUUAUAGCUGGUAUUGUUUACUAUGCAAGAUGGGACAUUAGAUUCGCUUUGGUCGUCAGGUUCGGGUGGCGAUGUUGUACUAAGAAACCACAAGAUGAUGACAUCAACCUUGAGAAGAUAUUUGACGCGUUUGUAUCUUAUUGUUUAUUGGAUACAGCCUGGGUUGCUGCCGAGCUGAUCCCAAAUCUGGAAAAUGACGAGCAAUUCAAUUUUCGCCUUUGUAUCCAUGAGCGCAAUUUCCUUCCCGGCAACUCUAUUGUAGAAAGUGUUGAAGGAGCCAUGGACGGCAGUUACAGUGUCAUUUUCUGGAUUACUCAAAACUUUCUGGAAAGCGAUGAUUGUGAUUUUGAACUGAAUUUGGCCAAGACCAAGCUGUCUGAAGGAAACAUUCGCUCGGUUAUUUUCAUAUUUGAAGAACGUUUUGAUAAAACCGAACUACCGCAGCCUAUGGGGAUUAUGAUGCGACAUUGCCAAUGUCUUUAUUGGCCAGAACUGUGGCUGCGCAAAAGGGACAUUUUCUGGAAAAGACUGAAGCUUGCCUUGUUGGAUACCAGGCCAAAAGAUAAUUGA